ACUCUCUCUUAAUACAAAGAAAUCUCAUUUCGUUCUUACGUUGUUCUCUCUCUGCAUCCAAACUCUGCUACCAUGGAGAUGUGCGCACUAUAAGAUGGUCUUCGGACAAUCCUCCAUUUCAUUACAGUCACAUCUUCGGCCUUUUUCGUAUAAAUGCGAUUUGGAUUUUUGUUCUCUUUAUAAUUAUAAAACCCUUUUAUUCUUUAUAUACGCGUAAACCCAACUUUUCUUAAUUCAAUUCCCAUGUUAUUCUUUGAGGAUCUUUGGGAGUGGCUUUCUCUUAAUCGUUUCGGAUUAAAGACUCGAGCUUUCUCUGAUUCUCUACUUCAAGGGAUUUCUGAAUCCAUGUUUAAUACGAGCUGCGAAUCGGCCGAAGUCGAAGCUUGCCGAGAUGACUCUGCCGCGCUCCUCCUCAAACUCCUCGCCAUCUCAUCGAUUCUCCUCGCCGGUGCAGCUGGCGUUGCUAUCCCUCUCCUUGGAAAGCAACGCCGUUUCCUCCGUACAGAUGGCAGCCUCUUUGUUGCCGCAAAGGCUUUUGCGGCCGGUGUAAUUCUCGCCACUGGUUUCGUUCACAUGCUCUCGGGCGGGUCGGAGGCCCUUCGAAAUCCUUGCCUGCCCAAAUACCCGUGGUCGAAGUUCCCAUUUGCCGGAUUUUUUGCCAUGAUGGCAGCGUUGUUGACUCUACUUGUGGAUUUUGUGGCCACUCAAUAUUACGAGAGAAAGCAGGGCCUGAACCGGACAAGCGAGGAGCAAGCGCGGGUAGUUUCGAUUGAUGCAGGUCCGGAUUCGGUUAUUGUUCCUUUCGUGGAUGUUAAAGACCGGGGUGGACCGAACGGGAAGGUAUUUGGGGAAGAGGAGGGCGGCGGAAUGCACAUUGUUGGGAUGCACGCGCAUGCAGCACAUCAUAGACACAGCCACCCUCAUGGGCAGGACGCAUGCGAUGGGCACGUGAAGGAUCAUGGGCAUGGGCACAGCCACGGCCAUGGGCCCAGCCACGGCCACGGGUUCAGUGAGGGUGAUGAGGAGAGUGGUAUACGGCACGUCGUUGUUUCACAGAUUUUGGAGCUUGGGAUAGUGUCGCAUUCGGUAAUUAUUGGGUUAUCGCUGGGAGUAUCGCAAAGUCCAUGUACAAUCAGGCCAUUAAUAGCUGCAUUGUCGUUCCAUCAAUUCUUUGAAGGUUUUGCACUUGGAGGAUGUAUAUCUCAGGCGCAGUUCAAGAAAUUAUCAGCUACAGUAAUGGCCUGUUUUUUCGCCUUAACGACACCAGCUGGAAUUGGAAUCGGAAUAGGCAUUUCUUCGUUUUACAAUCCACAUAGCACAGGAGCAUUAAUUGCUGAAGGCAUCUUGGAUUCUUUGUCAGCUGGAAUUCUUGUGUACAUGGCUUUGGUGGAUCUAAUAGCUGCUGAUUUUCUAAGUAAGAGAAUGAGCUGCAAUUUUAGACUUCAAGUUGUGUCUUAUUUCAUGCUGUUUCUUGGUGCUGGAUUGAUGGCUGCACUUGCAAUCUGGGCUUAGUUUUUUGGUGCUGGAUUCAGGGUUUGUUCAGUAUUGAAGAGAAAUUUGCUAAAUCGAUAUUUUUUUUUUUUUUUUUGAUACUGCGUUGGAAGGAGAAAGGGGAAAAAUAGAAGAAACUGGAUGUUAUAAUAUUGAUUUUUUAGGAGAAAAAGAAAAAAAAGCUUUGAAAUUCAUGAUUGGAUUAUGGUACGUAGAUAUGUUUAGUUCAUUUUAAGGUUUGUGUGACCCAAUUUGGAGGUCUGAAUCGGUUGAAAUGGAGAUAUAUUUUGACACGAGUUUCUGAAUUUGAACAUUCAGGUGGAAA